UUUGUUGACAUCCAAUCACACCACGUCUCCGCUCUUGCAUAUAGGCUGCUGCCUUCCAACCUGAAUCGGACGAUGGGAUGAACAUCCCCGGUCAAUAUAAACCCACCGCUGGAGUGAAACUUUUCUCCCGGCUCUGUUUUGACACACGGCCGCUGCCAACUCCGCUCAGACAUGGACAGAGUUGUGAUAGUAACCGGCGCUAACAGCGGCAUUGGCCUGGCCCUGUGUGAAAGACUGCUGGCGGAGGACGGCCAGCUCCGGCUGUGUCUGGCCUGCAGAAACAUGCAGCGGGCCGAGGCCGCCCGUUCCGCACUCCUGGCCUCUCGCACCGACGCCCGUGUCGACUUGCUGCACCUGGAUGUAGGCUCUGUGGAGUCGGUGCUCACUGCUGCGCAGGAGGUCAAGGCCAGGUACAACAGAAUUGACUUUCUGUAUCUCAAUGCAGGAAUUAUGCCAAAUCCACAAGUAAAUGUCAAAGCCUUUUUUAAGGGUCUGUUCUCCAGCAAUGUCAUCAACAUGUUUGCGACAGCAGAGGGCCUCUUAACUCAGCAGGACCUCGUCAACUCAGACGGUCUGCAGGAAGUUUUUGCAACCAACCUCUUCGGCCAUUUUCUCCUGAUCAGGGAGCUGGAGCCUCUGCUGUGUGAGGCGGGUAGCACAUCCCGGGUAGUGUGGACCUCCUCCAGUAACGCCAGCCGCUCUGCGUUCAGCAUGGAAGACAUGCAGCACAAAAAUGGGACGGAGCCCUACAGUUCCUCCAAGUACGCUUCAGACAUGCUCAGCCUGGCUCUCAACAGACACAAGAACAGCCAGGGGCUGUUCUCUUCUGUUAUAUGUCCGGGACUGGUGAUGACUAAUCUGACCUACGGUAUCCUCCCCUCCUUCUUCUGGACUCUCAUCAUGCCGUUCAUGUGGCUGAUCAGGAUCUUCACCAACACGUUCACACUUACACCGUACAACGGAGCAGAGGCACUGCACUGGCUGUUUCUUCAAGACCCAGAGUCGCUGGAUCCGAGAGCAAAGUAUCACAGUUUAACGUCAGGACUUGGAAGAAACUACACUCAGCCUCAACAGAUGGACAUCGAUGAAGAAAUGUCUGAAGUCCUCUACACAAAACUCGUAGAACUUGAGAAAGAAGUCAGAAGGAAACUGAGUGAGAGAACUGCUGACAAGGAAGAUAAUGGAGAGUGAGAUAGAAUAGAAUUCCUUUUUAAAUAAAUCAUGUGCAAUUUGUAACAAACGCAAUAA